AUGCCGUCCGACGAGAAACCCUACACGUACGAAGCACUGCCUAUCCCUACCUACGAAGAAGCCAUCGGCUCCUCCUCGCGCACCUCCUCUCUCAACGAGAGCAGCGAGCCCGCCGAACGGGAAGGCCUCCUGGGUCCGGAUGCCUUGGGCAGAACCCCCGUGCCUACACGGCGAGCUGGAUACCGGCCGCCACCUACAGAGGAAAGCACGUCUAACCGCGGCAGUCUCGAACAACAUGAUGCGUUUCUUGGACGGCGGGAGAGCGAGGACUCCGAGGUGGGCAUGGUAAGGGGGGAGAUUGAGGAGAUGGAGCUGGAGGAGCCGGGGGGGCCGCAGAGUACGUGGGGGAAGCGGAUAUCGAAUCUUUCGCGGUCUCUCUCGUCGAUACAUUUACCAUUUCGAUGGAAGUGGAGGAUACCGGACGGACUGCGGGAAUGGAUAAGUCUCGAUUUUAAUAUCUGUCUCAUAUUGGCGCGGAUCUUUGCUAUCUUGCUUAUUAUGGGCGUGGUGUAUCUGUUGUUCGUCAGUGGGGUUUUCACGACGCGCAUGUCGGCGCAGAUGUUCGAUCCGGAAAGUGUGAGGAUGUAUGUGCAAAGCAUGAUGGAUUCUGCGCGGAUAGAGCAGCAUUUGAAGGUGGUGACGCAGACGGAUCAUAAUGCAGGGACAGAAGGCGAUUAUGUUCUAGCGCAGUACGUGGAGCAGUUUUUCUUGUCAAAUGGAUUGGAGGAUGUAAAGAUGGACGAAUAUGAGGUUUAUUUGAAUUAUCCCAAGGAAGGAGGGAGGAAAGUGGAUAUUUUGGGAGAUGAUGGUGCUAUUACUUGGACGGCGCAGAUUGAGGAAGAUCCAGUGUAUACCGAUCCUCCUAGACAGCAGACGCCGGUUUUUCACGGACUUUCAAGAGCAGGAGACGUUACAGGGCCACUAAUAUAUGCGAAUUACGGAUCAAAGGAGGACUACAAGAGACUAUACGAUAGUGGGAUCGAGACGAAGGGCGCCAUUGCAUUGGUACGGUAUUAUGGAACCCAGACGGAUAGGGCAAUGAAGGUCAAGGGGGCGGAAAUGGCAGGAUUUGCGGGGUGUAUUAUAUACAGCGAUCCGGCGGACGAUUCUCAGGGACCUCCCGCUCCAAAUGGGAGAGCGUUACCCGAAGACGGCGUCCAGCGAGGUUCUGUUGCCCUAACGAGCUGGAUUGUGGGUGAUGUUCUUACUCCUGGGUGGGCGAGCACAAAAGACGCUGAACGGGUAUCGAAAACCCACAAUCCUGGAUUGGUGAACAUUCCCAGUAUUCCACUCUCCUGGGGUGAUGCGCAAAAAUUACUUCAGGCCAUCCAGGGACAUGGACAGCAAGUCCCAGAUGAGUGGAAAGGUGCUGGUGUUGAUCCAUAUUGGUCGGGGGACCAAUCCUCGCCAAAAGUCCAUCUCGUGAAUGAACAAGACGAGAAUGAGAAGCAGAAAAUAUGGAAUGUCAUGGGCCAGAUCACCGGGAUAGAGCAAAAUGAGAAAGCCAUCAUAAUCGGGAACCACCGAGAUGCUUGGGUCUUUGGUGCUACGGAUCCAGGAUCUGGGACGGCAGUCAUGCUUGAAGUCAUUCACAUCUUCGGAGAUCUCAUGGCGAGAGGUUGGAGACCCCUUCGGACUAUUAUAUUUGCGUCUUGGGAUGCCGAGGAAUAUAAUCUGAUAGGCUCAACCGAGUACGUCGAAAAAAAUAUUGAGCAGCUGCGUAAAGACGCAUUUAUCUAUAUCAAUGUGGAUGUAGCUGUAGGUGGAACGGAAUUCAAGGCCGCUGGAAGCCCAAUUUUUAAGAGAGCGCUUAUGGAAACUCUUGCCAGGGUAUCUGAUCCUAUAAAAAACGAAACCUUGAAGGAUAUCUGGGAAAACCGAGGCGAUCAGCUUACUGGGUUGGGUGCUGGCAGUGAUUAUGUUGCUUUCCAAGAUAUUGCAGGAACGUCUAGCAUUGACAUGGGAUUCGACGGGGACUCUCAUUACCCAUACCACUCUGCGUACGACAACUUCGAAUGGAUGCUACGUGUAGGAGAUCCAGGAUUUAUAUUUCACAACAUGCUCGCGCAAGUUUGGGGGCUUUUGAUUCUCGAAUUCUCCGACAAGUUAGUCAUGCCUUUCGACAUGUCAGCCUACUCGGCAUCCUUGAUAGCCUGGUCGAUGGAUCUCGAGAACUGGGCCGAGAGCAAGGGUGCAAACCAAGCUGGGAAUCCGACGUGGAGCACGGAUUCUCUACGUGAAGCAGUGCUACAGUUCGCGAGAGAUGCAAAGCAGUUUGAGAAGUGGGAGUUGGAAUGGGAUGCAAUGGUGCUUGGCGGCAAUGGCUUUGAGAGUAACAUUCUGGCUGCGCAUAGGAAGAGCCAUAAUACGCGCAUGGCGAAUUUCGAGACCCACUUGUUGGAUCUAGAAGAAGGUGGUGGCAUCCCCAACCGCACGCAAUACAAACAUGUCGUCUUCGGCCCGGACCUCUGGUCCGGCUACGACUCAGCCAUGUUCCCGGCUGUCCGCGACGCAGUGGUAGCGGAAGACUGGGCGCUGGCCCAGCAGCAGGUCGAGAAGGCGGCGGCGAUUAUCAUGAAAGCUAGUAAGAAGCUGAAUGGGAAUAUAUAG